AUGGAAUUUAAUCACCCACCUAAAGAUAAGAGAAUACGUGUUUCAAUUUCAGGAAAUAUUCUUUCAGGGCGAGAUUUCGACUCUGAAAAGUACUAUAUUCGAUACUAUCUUGAUAUGCCUUCUAAUUUUGUUUUUGAAGAUCCAAUGUCACAGAAACUAAUUACCUCCACACAGAUGGGAACUGCUGUAGAAAUCACCAAAGAAUACGAGAGUUAUUAUGAAGCCAACUUUUCCUUCCCUUUCAAUUUUAAUUGCCUAUGUAGUAAUAUAACACCAAUGCCUAAAUUAUUCUUCCAGGUCACCUCAAAAGACUUUUGGGAUAGAUAUCGAGUUGAGGGAUAUGGCUUCAUUGCUCUUCCAUCAACUCCUGGCUAUCACAAUUAUACUGUAAAUACGUGGAAACCAACCGGUUCAAUUCGAAAUAAUCUCAGAAGCUCAUUUGUUGGAGGUUCAACAGAGUUGAGAGAUUUAUCAUAUACUGCAAUUCCUAAUGGGUUUGAACAGCACUUUCUUAACAAGUUUGGUUUUGCUACAGACCCGAGUGGCUCUAUUUCUGUAUGCUUGAAUGUCAUUUACCAUGGAGAUGUCAAUUAA